AAUCAACAGCCAUGUCUCUGGUCUCUCAGCAUCAUAGUGGACAUAGUGGAAGAGCAGCAACAUAGUGGAAGAGCAGGUCCCUCCCUGCAUGUCACCAAAAUGCAAAAUGCUUCAGAUAAUUACAGGGAGGAGAGAGGGUGUGUCCUACAUACAGUUUUAGAUGAUCCAGCUGAACUAUAUAAGUGCUUUCUCGGUCUCAACAUAUAGAGACAAGGAGGUAAAGAAGACAAACCGCAACCGCUACAUAAUAUACAGCUCUUAACACAUAAAAAGCAAUAUGGGAGGUGCGAGCUUUGAACAGGAGUUUCUGGAUACCCACAAUGCAUAUAGGAGAAAGCAUGGCACCCCCGAACUGACCCUGAGCAGAGACCUGUGCAACUCUGCUCAGGAAUGGGCUGACCACUUGGUAGCAAUCAAUACCAUGCAGCACAGCAACACGAACAAUGGAGAGAACCUCUACUACACAUGGAGCUCUGCCCCCAAUACUCUAACGGGGAAGGAGGCUGUCGACAACUGGUACAGCGAGAUCAAAGACUACAACUUCAGCGAACCUGGAUUCGCCUCAGACACUAGUACACUGCUUUACACAUCUUUCUGGAAAAUGUGUGGUUUGAGAUCACGUGUUCAGAAUGCAAAUUAUGUCGAACUUAAACAGAAAGCUUUCAACCAUAUUGGAUAUAACAAAGCCAAGACCCAGAGAGGCCGCUUUAAUCAUAACCUUAUGUAUUGUGGCAUUUCUCCAAUAGGCCAUUUCACCCAGGUGGUGUGGAAGGAGAGUACUGAGGUGGGGGUGGGCCUGGGGAUUAAUGGCGAGACUGUCUUUGUGGUAGGCCAGUACAACCCAGCAGGAAACAUGAACAUGGAGGGAUACUUUAUAGAUAAUGUCCUCCCUGAAGUGUAAUAAAAGGCUGUGCAUUGUUAGGUGGUGGCGAGAAGAACACCUCUGGUUCAGACACCUCUACCCAACCACCUCGCUCCGAGGCAACAUGCACUGUGCUAAAGGAGCCAUAGUGAUCAGCCUUCUCCUGUCUGCAUGUCGACGGACCCUCAUCGUUGGUCAUAUUGGUCUGCAGCUGCUUCACUCCGUAACAGGCUUACCAAUCGACACAAAUAACCCAAUCACCUUCACUGUAAGAAAGAUGUACGGUUUAAUGUAUUUUAAAUGAAAAAUAAAGUUUUGCUUUUGCUUUACAAGA